AUGGCUUUAGCUUCGCCGCCGGAUCCCAGCCGGUCGCUUGCUGCCGCGGGCAUGCCACGGAGUACACUUUAUGGCUUACCAACCCGCGGCGAGGCGUCCUUUAAAGACGAGGCCUGGAAAGCCGGGCAAUUCCUAGAGAAGCUCCGCGCCGUGUUAUCCAGCUAUCCGCCCGGUUCCGUCGUCUUUAGCCAGGUGGAUGUGUCCAAAGUGAUUUGGUCCGCCUCGGGCCUCGAUGUCCUCUUCGGCAUCUUCCGCGAUCGAGGCGUCCGCGUCGACCGCCUUCGAGCGUUUGACUGCGGCCUCGACGAUGAUGCCGCGAGGUCGAUUGCUGCUUGGCUGCAUGGCAUGUCAGCGACCCAUCUGCCAAGUGAGAUGCAUCUCUCCCACAACCGGCUAACAGUCGCCGGAUUUCGUGCCGUGGUGGAGGCGAUUGAAAUCAAAUGGGCGCAGCUGAUGGGUAAGCGCUUACCCGUGUGGCUGCGGGUGGAGGGGAAUGCUGUCGAUGACUUCAACAUUUGUGCCCUGGUCGCUUCUGGCCGUGCUGUACUCGCAGCGAGCUGCAAAGCACCCGAGCGCUGGAAUGGCGGUGCGGCGCUUUCUUUCCCCGCGUUUCACGGGAAGAACAUGUCCCAGAUGGAUCUGGAAAUGCAUCGGCAGCAGCGCACGCAGGCUCCGCCACCGCUCCACGAGCAAAAGUUGCGACCAGAGGCCAGCGCGACAUAUCCAGGCCGAAGUCGUCGCAGCAAGUGGGAUGUGGGACCUGCUGAUCGGUCGCGGAGCCCUCGCCGAGAG